GCGGCGGGUCGCGAGUGGGGCCGCAGGCAGCGGGAGUCGCUGCCGCUCGGCGUGCACCUGAGAGCCGACGCCCCUGGUCCUCGGAGCUGCGCCCGCCGUCGACUUCGCCGCCAUGAACCGCUUCAAGGUGUCCAAGUUCCGGCACACGGAGGCCCGGCCGCCGCGCCGCGAGGCCUGGAUCAGUGACAUUCGAGCAGGAACCUCCCCUUCGUGUGGGAACCACAUCAAAUCCAGCUGCAGCUUAAUUGCAUUCAACUCUGAUCGUCCAGGUGUGCUGGGCAUUGUGCCUCUUGAAGGCCAAGGAGGGGACAAGAGACACGUGGCCUACCUGGGCUGCCAUUCAGACCUGGUCACCGACUUGGACUUCUCUCCCUUUGAUGACUUCCUCCUGGCUACAGGCUCGGCCGACAGGAUGGUGAAACUCUGGCGACUGCCCACCCUUGGCCAGGCCCUGCCCUCAGUGCCUGGGGUGAUGCUGGGCCCUGAGGACCUCCCGGUGGAGGUGCUGCAGUUCCACCCCACAUCGGAUGGUGUUCUGGUGAGCGCGGCAGGCACAGCCGUGAAGGUCUGGGACGCGACCAAGCAGCAGCCCCUGACAGAACUGGCAACCCAUGGGGACCUGGUGCAGAGUGCCAUCUGGAGCCGGGAUGGAGUCCUCGUGGGUACGGCAUGCAAGCCUUACCUGACCACCUGUCUGGUUGUCUGA